AUGCUGGCUGAUACCGCUGCAGAUCGUGUUGACCUUCUGCCUGAUGACGCACAGUUCGUCUUUGACUUUAACAAAGCCCUAGAUGAGGCUGGCGGCGGCGAUCUAGCUGUAGCAAACCGCAAGACAUUUCCUGCUCUGAUUGGCACCGGAGCUGGGAUGGCUGUUGGCCGUUUAGGACCGUGCGGCUUGAACACGUUUCAUGUCCAUCCCCGAUCAGCGGAGCUGCAACUGGUAAUUGAGGGGCGCAUCAUUACUGAAAUGGUUCCAGAGAAUGGUGUCCUCGAUGGUGACGGAAAACGCCGGGUUAUCAAGAACGAGAUCGGCCCGCUCGAGAUGACGCCGUUCUACCAAGGCUCUAUCCACACGCAGUUCAACCCUGACUGUUCUGAUGCUAUCUUUAUUGCUUCUUUUGCUAGUGAAGACUUUGGCACCGGACAAAUCUUUGACCAGACUUUCGCUUUUGAAAACGAUAUGGUGGCGGCUGCCCUUGGACAGGCCGUGGCGGGUGAGGAUGUUGAUGCUGUGCGUGAUGCAAUUCCGGUUAACAUUGCUCUUGGCAUAGAUGGAUGCCUGCAGCAAUGUGGUAUCGAGAAGAGGGCUCGCUAA